CAUUAAUACUUGUUCAUGUUCUUGAUUCGCAGACGGUAACAGAUUUGUACACUCAAAAGCAGAGAGCCUUUUUUUUCCUUCGGUCUGUGUUUUUUUCCCCGAGCGGGAGUCUGGAUAUAAAGCGAAGUGUGGCUCGGCUCGACAAAUAAAGAGCACCCUGUUGCCGUGUCUUUCGUGUUUUGUGUUGUUGCUUUAUUGGCCUAUACAAAUAAUUGUUGAUCACUUUGAAAUGCGUAUCCAUAAAGGCUUGAUUUUGCAUCCGCUCCUGUGAGUCUCAAAAAAACCUUAGUCACCUUUUUUGGAAAAUCUAAGCAGUCUUAUUUCCAGGAGAGACUAUUUAUUAAAUGCUGUGUACCAUGAAUUACAAGAAGAGGACAGCUUGAAUGAAAAUGCUUCAGGAAACCCUGUCGUGUAUGGAAGUUACCAAAACAAAGGUAAAACUGACAUCACCGCCUGUUAAGUAAAUGGUUUAUUUUGGCAACUAGUAGGUAACAAUGUUAAAAACGGGCAAGAGGAAUAGACCUGUUAUGAUGGCUGGGUGCAAUCGCCCCUUUUUAACAAACUGGCGCGGAUUGCAAUUCAACUUGGUGAAUAUCUAAGCAGGGAUAUAGCAAUCACAACUCACCACUGGAUGGCAAGUAGGCGUCCUUCAGAAGUAAUAAUUACAAGAAAAUUGCUUUUAUUUUGGUGGCUGAUUGCACACAGGUAUGAAAAUUGCUGUCCAGCGUGCUGAGUUCUAAAAACAGACGUGGGAAAUUCAGCACGUAUAAGAAUGUGGCAAUUAGGUUUGAGAAAGAUUCGAUUGUGAUUUUAAACCGGUUGAGACUCCUCGCCAAGUCGCUGGACUGAAUAGGCUUUGGACCGAAAUGAAAUAUGCAGGCAUGGGUAAUUUAAACAUAGUCAUUACCAACCCCAUUCCUGCUUCUUUCAAGGUUUAAGGGAUAUCUACCUUGGCAAGAUGACCUGGUAUGAAUUAGAUAUGGGAAAACUGUGUAAAUGCAUCUCUCAAAAGAAAAAAAGGCUUUAAACAGACAUUUGGAAUUGACUCGCGUAUUUAAUAUAUGAAACAAAAACUACUGGGACACAUUAGCUAAAACCAUGGGUCAGUAAAGAAAACAAACAACACAAACUAUUUUGUAGCGAACCUGCACCGGGGAGCCUGUAGUUAGUGUCGAAUUGUUUUUUGAGACAUGGCAGCGGCGAUUGCCAGCGGUUUGAUCCGGCAGAAGAGACAGGCUCGGGAGCAGCACAUUGACCGGCCCGCCCCCAAUCGAAGGAGGAAGAAGAGUCCUAGCAAGAACCGGGGGCUCUGCAAUGGGAACCUGGUCGAUAUUUUCUCCAAAGUCAGAAUCUUCGGCCUCAAGAAAAGGAGGCUACGGAGACAAGAUCCCCAGCUCAAGGGUAUAGUGACCAGGUUAUAUAGCAGGCAAGGCUACUACUUGCAAAUGCACCCAGAUGGAUCUCUUGAUGGGACCAAAGAUGACAGCAGUAAUUCUUCUUUGUUCAACCUUAUACCAGUGGGACUCAGAGUUGUUGCUAUUCAGGCCGUGAAGACAGGGUUAUACAUAGCCAUGAAUGGAGAAGGUUAUCUCUACACAUCAGAACUUUUUACACCGGAAUGCAAGUUUAAAGAGUCUGUGUUUGAAAACUAUUAUGUGAUCUACUCCUCCAUGCUAUACAGACAGCAAGAGUCUGGCAGGGCUUGGUUCCUGGGUCUCAAUAAAGAAGGCCAAGUAAUGAAGGGGAAUCGAGUGAAGAAAACAAAACCAGCUGCUCAUUUCCUGCCUAAGCCAUUAGAAGUUGCCAUGUACAGAGAGCCAUCAUUGCAUGAUGUUGGAGAAUCAGUUCCAAAGGCCGGAGUGACUCCGAGUAAAAGCACAAGCGCGUCUGCAAUAAUGAAUGGCGGCAAACCGGUUAGCAAGACGAGCAAGACGACAUAGCCAGAUCUUAACAGCUGUGGUGACUAGAGCGAACCCAUAACACUGUUGAGCAAUUUAUCCUGGACAGACUCUUUAACAUUCAGUUGCCUGCGGAUCAGGUUCAGGCAAGUGAACUCUUGCUUCUCACCAUUUCUGAACUGUUUCGCAAGCGGAUAAAUCCCAACAUGUAUCUAAUAAAUCCAAAAGGAGAAGAAACCUGGAUAACCAGCUAAACGGACCAUGGAAUGCCCUACCAGAUAUGGAAUGCCUUUUUAAUCUCUUCUGUAACUGUGACACUCCAUGUGAAUGAUGUAUUUCACAGCCACACGUGGUACCUUGCCUGCUGACAGUUAACCAUAAUUCCCAUUUGAGCCCAGUUUCAGCAAAGUCCAUGUAAUUCUGAGCUGUUUUCUAUUCCACGGUUGACCAGCCCAUUUCUGGUUAAAUGCUGUAAACAUGUAGUAAUAUGGACUUCAUCUCCCCUUUUUAUAAGUCUGCUAUCUAUCUCUAUUUUGCUUUCUUUAUUCCUGUCUUCACUGUUUUAGAAGUUUUUGCUAUGUGUGAUUUUCAGAUGCACACAAAAAUACACACACACUGACACAACAAAAGAUGCCACAUGUGGCUUGUUUCAAAGCAAGCAAUCAGGAAGCUUCUAAGUAAACUAUUUUGGAAAACCACAAACAAAAGGAAUCUGUGUGAGGUGCAGAGUAUUGAUUUUACAUCUUAUUGAAAGCACUGCAAAGACUGACAAAUAGCUCAUAAGAUUAGCGUGAGAUAGAAUUAUGUCAUCCAAAAUCAAUGUAAAGUCAGUUGGUGAGUAUUUCGUGCCUAUAGUUCUUUUUAUUUGUGGUCCUUACAGUACAUAUCACAAGCUGAUUCCGCUAGCAGUGACAUUUGCCUUGCCCAGGGAAUAGGAAAUGCAAUUAUUAUAUUUAUUUUUUUUACAGUAUGGGCUCUAGGAAACUCUAUAGGCCUUGUAGGCCUCUGGUUCAGGCCCCUCCUUCAUAUGCUGACCUUCCCCAAAUAAUGAGCUAUGCUUAUGACUAGCAAAAGGAUCACACAAUGUGCAGCCAUUUAAAAUAUCUACUCUAGUCAGUGUCUGAUAAUGCUGAAUGUACCGGUAAGUAGAUGUCUUUAUGACUGGCUGCGUCCCACUGUUCAGCAAAGCAUGGGCAAGGUUAGUCUUGUGUUCUUUCUUAUAGCAGCAAUGCAGGAAAUGGCUUAUAUUAUAAUGUUUUCAUUGUAAAAAAAAAUAAUAAUAAAAUAAACAUACUUUUUAAUGACUAGA